GCUCAAAACAUGAAUGAUCGAGUCACUCAACCCAUGUGAUUGACCAUAACAAGGAAAGGAAGAAGCCUUCUCGGUGUCAUUCACUUCAUCAGGCACGAACUUGUGGGCCGUUGGAAAGUAUGAAAUGGUGAGGUCCCCGAGAGCUCCCUACCCAAGGUGAGAUGCUACAUCUCACGAGAUCUCUCCUUCGGACAGCCGCCAGACCUAUACGAUGGCGGCAAUCAUAUAGCAUAGCCACCAAAGCGUCCGAGCCUCUGAGGAUUCUGUUUUGCGGCUCGGAUAAGUUCAGCUGCGAGUCUUUGCAAGCUCUGCACGACGAGCACAAGCGUGAUACGGACCUUAUCCGUUCCAUCGAUGUGGUAGUCAGACCAAGCAAGCCAACGGGGAGAGGAAACAAGGUGAUGUCAGAAGUUCCUAUCCGGACACUUGCAGAACGGCUCAAUCUCCCAGUCCAUGUGAGGGACACGUUUACGGGUUGGGCUAUGCCCAAACCCCAUGGCGAUCCCAUCAACCUCAUAAUCGCCGUCUCCUUCGGCCUCUUCGUCCCGCCCCGCCUGAUCAACGCGUCCAAGUACGGCGGCCUCAACGUCCACCCUUCCCUGCUGCCCGACCUCCGUGGCCCAGCCCCAAUCCACCACGCCCUCCUCGCCGAGCGCACCCACACCGGCAUCUCCAUCCAGACCCUCUCCCCGCGGGCCUUUGACGAAGGGACGAUCCUACUCCAGACCCCGAGCCCGGGUAUCCCCAUCCCGCCACAGUGCACGCCACAGCAGCUGCACGACCUGCUCGCGCCGGAGGGCGCCAGGAUGCUGGUCGAGGCCCUGCGGCGCCGCUUACACGUCCCGCCGUACCGGCCUGUCAGGGAGAAUGAUUAUGAUGAUAAUGAUGAUGAUGAAGGGCGCCGUCUGCGGCAUGCGCCCAAGAUCACGACCGCGGACAGGCAGAUCCGCUGGACUGCGUCCGGGGCGGGCAGGGUGGCGCUGCAGGCUAGGGUGCUGGGUCCAUUGUGGAGUCAUCUGGCGAUAGAGGAAGGGGUGGGAAAGAGGGUUAUUUUGGAGGAUGUUGAGGAGGCAGUUGUUGGAAGGUCCGGGGAGGGAGAAGGGCGAGGAGGAGGGGCGAGACAUGUAACCUGGCUGCAGAAGUCAGAUGGCGCUGGGAAAGCGGGUGUGGAUCCGGCACUGGGCAAGGCGGAAGUCGUCACGUUGAGGUAUGUCGUGGGCGGUAGCGGCACUGGGAAGUCCAUUCUUGUGCAGAUGGUCGACGGGUCGUGGCUGAGGGUGGGAAGAAUCAAGGUUGAAGGUUCCAUCUCUAAGCCCGCAAGGGGCGUUCUGGAGAGCAUGAGACCGAGAUGAUUUACUCGCGUCGUGCUGCUGCUAGUUUACUGCUCGGCCAUGCACUGGUAAUAAAGAAUUUGGCAGGAAUCAACAUCCCGCAUUCUCUGUACUCCGACAUAUUUACAUUUUGCUUAUCCGUACAUACAUGCCAUUACCGUCAAUAGCCUGCGAGAAGUUCCAAAUCCUUGCUCACUCCCAGCAGCGGGGUGUCACCCAGGAGCCCAAGUACUAAUAGCCCGAAAACCAUCUUUCCCAACUCCAUCCACCAAGACUGUGAACGCCAGGAACCCCAAACUCGC